AUGGAGAAUUCUAACUACGUAACCAACUUCAAAAAAUAUUGUCUCGAUCAACUUAACUACAUUUACGCGGCCUGGAACGCUUUAAUUUCAUAUUCAAAUAAAUUAGAGGAGGAAAUCAAAGCUUUGAAAGAAGAGAAUAACACUUUAAAAGAAGAAAGGGAUUUGGCGGACAAAAGACUUGAAGAAAUGAUUCAAGUGUUCAACACAUUUAUUAAUCAAGACGUCAAGCAGCGCAACAUUUUUGAAGAAAUUGAAAGUCCAGAAAAUAUAUCAGCAAACACCUCAACUUCAAUUGCAACCGAGUUCCAAAACAACUACAACAAUGUUGCUGGUCCUUCAGAUCAUUUCGAGCUGACUACAUUACAAUCACUCAAUUUCAAGCAAUUUCAAGUUUUAUUUCCAGUUUCUCCGUUGCCUCCACGAAUUGAAGAAAAAACUAUUUGGGAUGAGGAUGACGACGAGGAGGAAAAUGAAGAAAAUUUGGAAGAGGAGGAAAAUUUGGAGGAAGAAAACGAAGACGAUUGUUGGUAA